AUGAAGGAGAUCAUCGAGACACUGACCGCAAGCGACAUGGCUAUGGCUCCGACGCGCGUUUGGUCCACCGCGAUGGCGACUCUUCACCGGAAGUACGGCAAGUCGGCGUCCCUUCGUGUGAUGGCGAAACCGUCAGCCGUUUCGUUUGUCAAGAACUGGAUGCGGACGUAUGGUCCUUCAACGUGGAACGUCAAUACUAUUGCUGAGGCAGUGGACAUUGUCAACCGCACCAAUAACGCUCUGGAGCGUUUCAACCGGACGUUGAACGAGUCGUUUACGACUUCUCACCCAAGCUUGUUGACAUUUGUUGACGUGAUCAAGACCAAGUCUCAAAACUAUGUCGACCUCAUCGAAGACAUUCGCCAUCAGCGCCAGCAGCCACCUGACCAUGCCAACUUGGCACGCGUCGAAGUGCCUGACGACUACCUGCGCUUCGAACCGGAACCCACGCAGGAGUAG